AUGACGUCCAACUACAUCAUCCACAUCGGCAACCACAUCGUAAACAAGAGACUAAAGAUCAGCGAGUACCUGAGCAAAUGCGAGCGGAGGGUGAUUGAAAAAAACGCCAGCGCCUUUUUCUACAUUUUAAUUAACCUAAUUUUUGACGUGCCAAUUGAACGGUUCCGCUUGGUCAUAAAUAGAAAAUACAUUUUUCUGAAGAAAAAAAAAAAAGUCGAUGCCGUCUUCACCAUAACGAAGAAGUUACUCGUGCUGAACAAUAUUAGCGUAAAGGAAAGGUUCCUCUGUUGGGGGGAUGAGAGCGGCGUGGACGAGAGUGAUAGCACUUCUUAUGCCACGGGGGAAGCCCCAGUCAACGAGGCAAAUGCCAGCCUCCUGCCCGCGUGGCGCUGCCGACCCAAGACGGUCCUCCUAGACAGCACAAUUAAAAAAAACAACCCACUUAUGAAUGAAAAAAAAGACAUUUCUCACCAGAGCAUCCUGCCCAACAUGCUGACGAAUGCAAAUGCAGACAGGCUAGUGGAAUGGAAAAGGUUCCUACAUAACUAUGAGGAGCAUCCCCUCCAGGGGAGCAGACCCUCAAUUCAUCAUUUAAACCUCGUUGGGGGUGUAAGAAGUGAAUACAAAAAGGAAGUGAAAAAGAAACUGUCCUCAUAUAACAACUCCUUUUACUUUAAAGAAAUUAAAAGCAAAAUGAAUCACUUUAAGGCCAAGGCAAGUGAGGAAUGCUACUGCCCCAGGAAAAACACCCACUGUGACCCUAGCAAAGUGCACAGCUCUUGUAGAGAAAAAAACCUCUCCGAGCAGAGGGGCAUCCUACUGAUUAACAAAAGUGACAGCAAAUUGGGAAUCAACAUUUUUGAUGAGUUCCUAGACAUAUACCUUCUAUUCCGUUUGAAGGGAGGCAAGGGCGGGUUUGGAGCCAACCUGCGAAAUAAAAAAAGGAAAAAAAAAAAAAAAAAAAAAAACAUCCUUGAUGAUGCCUCCAGAAAUAUAAGAGGAAAUAGAGUCCUCCUCGACACGAUCGUGCAAACUACAGAAAAUUUAAUCAGCAAAAGGGAAAAGGAACAGAUCCUGCUGGAGAAGCUCAGCAGUGCCCCGCCCCUCAUUCAGGACCUCUCCUAUGACAACGCGGAUGAAUUGGGGAACGGCGGGGCCAUCCCAUCAAGUGAACGGCGAGGAGACCUCCCAGGGGACCGCCACCCCCAUGCAGAAAACACUCAAAUGCAGACGACGCCCCACCAGGGAAGCCACCUGCACGAUAUCGUGUCCAACGGAAUAGUGCAGGAAGGGAAGACAAAAAAAGAUAAAACAAAAAAAAAAAUCGACAAGGAUAGGCGGGGAAAAAAUAGGAACCUCAAGUCGAUUGAAAAUAUGUACACCUGUUUGUGA